AUACAAUUAUUCUGUAAUUUGUCCUUUCUGCGUGCGGAGUCUACCACGGCGUUGCAGAAGAAGCGAAGCAAAAGGGCACUAUUGUCCACUUUUGCAAACUUCGAAACGUCGUCGAUAACGGUUGUUUCUCCGGCGAUGGUCGACGAAAAAUCCCCCUCCACGGUCACCGGUAACAGAGAUCGAGAGCUUCUCAUCCCUGUCGCUAAUUCCGGCGUCGACACCGAUGUGUCCAAGCCGUCGUCGUCGGCCUCCUCCGUUCAUCAUGCCGGCCGCGAGACUUUUUCCAUAGUUGUUAGGAGCUGGGCAUCAAAAAAGUUCAUGACUGGAUGUGUCAUUCUUUUUCCAAUUGCAAUCACCUUCUACUUUACCUGGUGGUUCAUUCAUUUCGUGGAUGGUUUUUUUUCUCCAAUCUAUGCUCAACUUGGAAUCAAUAUCUUUGGCCUUGGAUUCAUAACUUCCAUAACCUUCAUCUUCUUGAUUGGGGUUUUCAUGUCAUCAUGGUUGGGUGCAUCUGUCCUGGGACUUGGGGAGUGGUUUAUCAAGCGAAUGCCUCUUGUUCGUCAUAUCUAUAAUGCCUCUAAGCAGAUUAGUGCUGCUAUAUCACCAGAUCAAAAUUCACAAGCCUUCAAAGAAGUAGCCAUAAUUCGGCAUCCACGUGUGGGUGAAUAUGCAUUGGGAUUCAUCACCUCGUCUGUUGUCCUUCAGACUUAUUCUGGAGAUGAGGAGUUAUGCUGUGUCUAUGUUCCUACAAAUCAUCUUUAUAUUGGCGAUAUAUUUCUUGUCAACACCAAGGAUGUCAUUAGGCCAAACAUAUCAGUCCGGGAAGGAAUUGAAAUUGUUGUUUCGGGAGGCAUGUCAAUGCCGCAGAUCCUAUCGACGCUUGAUUUACAUGUUCCAGUGGAAAUAAGCAGACAUGGUAGAAUUUGAAAGUAAAUUGUUCGCUGAUUAACAGCUUAUUUCAUAUGGAGAUAUCAGAAAAGCAGCGCAACCAAUGGGUUGCAAAUACAGGCAUGGAAUUUAUAUAUUGAUCUGUGAGCCAGUGUUAGAUCGAUAGAUUAUGAUGUUCUGUAUAACAUUCAUCUGUGCAAUAGAAUGUAGAAUUAAAUGUUUGGUCUGGGUGAUGAUACAGGGUUCGUGGUAGGGGCGUCAAAUUUUCUACUUGUGCAUAUCAUCCGCUUGUAAUUGCAAUUCAAUCUUGUAGUGCUGAUUACCCGUUUCAAUGUGGUUUUCAAUUCA